ACACGACCCAAAAUAGUAAAAUCAAGAAAAGAAUGACAAGACAAGACUACACAUAGAUCAGAUGGUACCCUACAAAGUACAAAUGGGUUGUAAAAGACGUGGAAAUUAAUGUUGAAAAACCCAUCAGUAUAUAUAAGUAAGUAGACUAACAUUUUUUUUAUUCGUCCCCAAAAUCUAAAUACAGUUUCCCCCCAAAUAAAAUGGAUACAAGUAAUAUAUCUUGAUUAUUCUGUGAAGGAUUUCACCUUCUUAGUCGGAGGUCACGGGUUCAAGCCUUGGAAACAACCUCUGGCAGAAACACAAGCUAAGGCCCUUUUCCGAGAAAAAUAGAUGCAAAGCAGCCAAAAGAGAUAACAAAAGUAAAGUUAGGCUCAGAAAAGCAUAUGGAAGGGGAAAACCAAAAAAGAGAUGGGGAUAAAAUGCCAGAUGCACCCAAGUCGAGCAGCAAAAAAUCUGUUAAAAAGUCGGGCUCAGAAAAGCUUAAGGAAGAGGAAAACCAAAAACGAGACGGGGAUAAAAUGCCGAACACAGCCAAAUCGAGCAGCAAAAAAUCUGUGAAAAAGUUGGGCUCAGAAAAUCAUAAGGAAGAGGAAAACCAAAAACGAGACGGGGAUAAAAUGCCGAACACACCCAAGUCGAGCAGCAAAAAAUCUGUGGAAAAGUCAGGCUCAGAAAAGCACAAGGAAAAGGAAAGCCGAAAAAGAAAGAGAGACAAAAUGCCGGACACCGCCAAGUCGAGCAGCAAAAAAUCUGUGAAAAAGUCAGGCUCAGAAAAGCACAAGGAAGAGGAAAGCCGAAAAAGAAAGCCAGACAAGAUGCCGAACACACCCAAAUCUAUGGAAAAGUCAGGCUCAGAAAAGCACAAGGAAGAGAAAAGCCGAAAAAGAAAGCGAGAUAAAAUGCCAAACACCGCCAAGUCGAGCAGCAAAAAAUCUGUGAAAAAGUCUGGCUCAGAAAAGCACAAGGAAGAGGAAAGCCGAAAAAGAAAGCCAGACAAGAUGCCGAACACACCCAAGUCAAGCAGCAAAAAAUCUGAUUCUGGACCUUCGUCGAGCAAAUCACCAGUAAGGCCAAAAAUAAAAAUCAAAUUCUCACUUCCACAGAAAACUGAGAAAAGAUCUAGUGAAGCUCAAGAUGAACUCAAGGGAAAGAGCGGGUCCAUGGAUGAAGUGACGGCUUCAGCGGAAAAAUCUACACCAAGUGCACGCCAAGUGAAAAUUAUGCGUGAGCUUGGUUUGAUGGCUCCUUUUGGAUCUCCAUUUUGUAAAAAGGAUCAUGCUGCCGCUCCUCCAAAAUCCCCAGUUAUUCCCAAGGGACGCGUUUCUGCCCCUAAAAGAUCUCCAUCUAAGCCUAAGGAUCGUCUUCCUCCAAUUACUAGAGUAGUUGUUUGUGGUGUUCCUGCUGCUGGAUUUGCCGAUCGUGUUGUGAAGUAGCUUUUGUUUCUCAACUAUUUGAUCCUCGGUAACUCAGAAUUUGAUAUCAACCUAAAUUAUCAGUGUAGUGUUGUUCUCAUCAGUGCUAUAGGAGAGCGGAAUGUAAGAUUACAAAUUAGUGGGAGCGGAGUAGCAUGCCCCACAUUUGUUCUUGUAACAAUGAGUAUAAACUUACCAUUUACAGAUACAUUUUAGAACAUUUUCAAUUACAGGUAUACCGCAAACAAGGUGCAGGUACAUUCAUUGCCUCUAGAUCUGCUCAUGUUUAUGGUGAUGUUGUAAUGCAAAUUAUAGAAAUGCACAUUAUGUUUUCUUU